UGUUACUGUUGUAGCACAAUACGGGAAAGAUAGUUCCAUCCGUAUCCCAAAAUUUUAGGGAAACGACUACUGCGUGUUAUUAUCGACAAUCACCGGAAGAUCACAUCCCACACUUGUAAUUUCGGUUCUAAAGUACUUCCGAAAGUACGUUGAGCAGCCUUUAUAUAAACAAAACAACGUAACAGAAUGUUUUAAAUAGUAGACUUGUAGGUAAUUAGUCCAUACUUCAAGGCGCCUCUUUCAUAACUCAUUCUCCAGAAUGGGAUUAAGAAUCGGAGAAUCCCUUCUUGCCUUCUGUAUCGUGGUGACAUUACUGGAGAGGGUUAACUGUAUUGGUAUCCCAACCGGCUGUGAUGAUGGCCUGAACUACUGUUCGUGUGGUGACACUGUGAGAACUUUCUCAUUAAGUUUUGAAAGGUGUACAUACUUCUAUCGUUGGAGGCCAUAUUGUAAGGAGUGUAACAAAGAUAUAGAUUUUGCCGCUCAAUGUGCCCAGUUCGCACACUGUAAAACAUGCGAUAAUGACGUCGAGAGCUGUGUCAGUUGUCCCACGGAUCGAUAUGGAAAGUGGUGUGACCAGACUUGCAAUUGUCAGAAUAAUGGUCAAUGUAACAGUGAUGGAAGUUGUACAUGCACAGAUCUGUUUGAAGGGGAGAAGUGCGAACGGAGAAUACCAGUUUACUGUCCAUCCCUUGAUAUCCCACCCAAUGCUAAGCUCACAGAAGAUGUGCAAACAUUCCUUGGUGGAACUUCUGUGACAUUCGCUUGUCAUAAGAAUUACCAACUGAUAGGUCAAUCAAGAUUGUAUUGUGAUUAUAAUGGUGUUUGGAUUGGCGAUUCUCCAAAAUGUGAACCCAUCUGUGAGGCAUUAGAGACACCAAAUGGUGCUGUAGCUAUUGUGACGUCAGUUCCUGGGACAUCGAUUGUCAGGAGUAUUUUUUAUGAUUGUCUUAAAGGGUACCAAAUACAAGGAUUGGGACAGGUCAACUGUAGAGAAGAUGGUACAUGGUCAGGAGAGCCACCAGUGUGUGUUGCGAAGUGUGCAGAGCCAUUACCUCCAGCAAAUGGGCGAAUAUUUCUGGAAGGCGGCCUGCUUGAGGGGUCUCGUGUCAGCUACGUAUGUGAUAAAGGGUACAUUCUCAAAGGGACCCGGAAAAGACAAUGCGGGGCUGACCGACAGUGGACAGAAGAUAGUCCAAUUUGCGACCCAAUUGAGUGUGGAAUACCAGAUAUUCCACAACAUGGAUAUUUAAGCGCAACCAACUUCACUUACAGAGGCGUUGUGACUUACACGUGUGAAGAAAAUUAUCUUUUUACUGAACCUGGUCUAGAAGCAAGAUUAUGCCAGUACAACGGCAAAUGGUCUGGCACGACUCCUCAGUGUGUCAAGGAUAUCUCAUGUCCUGAUCCAGGAGUUGUGACUAAUGCCGUUCGGGUACCGGAUGCAGACGCACAUACAUUUUACGUGGGUGACAUCAUCUCGUUCUCAUGUGCUGACGCUUUUAGAAUGGUCAGUGGUGAUGAUACUCGGGUUUGCUUGAAGACCGGACUAUGGAGUGGUGAACAACCAACCUGUGUUCCAGAGACUGCGUGUGAGGAUCCAGGUGUACCAGAAUACAGCGUACGUGAAGUGGAGAUUGUUCCUCUUGCGUUAUCUGCUAAAAAAAGUAGAAGCUUUGGUCGCACACGCCUAACACACAGCUCGUCAUCACAGUCCGAAAGCUCAUUAGUAGAGAGUGAAAGCGUUUCCGCAAGUGAAAGCAUCUCCGAACAAGAACCAGCUGAUCAACAAGAAAGUCAGCAAGAUGUUGAUGUCCUCUUCGAGGGUUAUUUCACCUCCGGAACUCAACUUACAUACAGAUGCAAAUCAAAUCUGUAUAAAUUGUAUGGAUUAUCGCAGAUAAGUUGUUCUAAUGGACAGUGGAGUGGACGAAAUCCAACAUGCAAACCAGUUUGUGGAAAGGCUACUGGUGAAAAGCAAGCCUAUGUCUUUGGCGGGAACGACACGAUAUCCGGGCAAUGGCCGUGGCAUACAGCUGUCCACCAACACAGGAAUGGCAAGUCGCUUCUCAUCUGUGGAGGAUCUGUCAUUACUGAUACUUUGGUUCUAACCGCAGCUCAUUGCGUUAGGGAAAGAUCAAGCAAACGUGAAUUUGCGAACACAACAUACACCGUGGAAGUAGGAAAAUAUUACCGAAAUUAUCACAACAGAGAUCAAGAAUGGAUUCAGUCAAUAAACGUUACUGAAAUUUUCGUCCAUCAUAACUACAAUCCAUUCACUCUGGAAGGCGACAUAGCCGUUCUCAGACUUGAGAAGGCCAUGAAUUACACAUCGCGCGUGCGUCCAGUAUGCAUCCCGACGUUGUCAGGUACAAAACGAAAUUUAAAACCAGGUAACAAAGGAGUAUUAACAGGUUGGGGGAAAACGCACGGUAGAAAGCAUGGGUUACCUGAUGUCCUUCAACAAGCUACUAUCCCAGUGGUUUCCAGACUGAGGUGUCAAAGGAACUACCAAAAUGCUUACCCUGACAACCACAACAUUAUAGUGACGCGGAACAUGUUUUGUGCUGGUUUCGAAGAGGGUGGAGUUGACAGUUGUACUGGAGAUAGUGGUGGUCCCAUGGUGUUCUCCCGCGGGGAAGGCGAGAUGAAAAGUUGGUAUAUAGAGGGGAUAGUGAGCUGGGGAAGUCCUGGAGGACAAUGUGGCUUACCAAACGAAUUUGGUGUUUAUACCAAAGUUUCAAAAUAUCUUUCGUGGUUAAACGAAUUUGGAAUUUCAAACUAAGUGGUAGUUGCGUUCCAAGUGCAACUCAUUUAUAUUUGCCAGUCAGUAAGUAGGCCUAAAACUAAAAAAAGUGUACACACUGUAUAGAAAUAUUUGUGAUUAUUUUUGCUUUGACUACAGUAUGUAUUUUCAAUUGCGGGCGAGUCAGCACAGAGGAGAAAGACUUGGCUUUGAUGUGAAACUGACCGAAUUCGAAACUUGCGAUGCCGUAAUAUCGUGUGUCCUUGAGUAAGACAAAUCUGCUUUACUUCAGGAAUACGAAUUCGUAUCGUUGGUCCUAUUGUUUUUGUUCACAAAAACUAAAAACUCAGUGCACUAAUUGGAGGGGAUCUCCCAGUGUGGUGAUAAUUAUAGACCGAACUGAAUAUAAAUUUUUUUGUUGUUUUCAGAACCAUACAAUAUUAUAAAAUACAUUAAAUUUUACAUUCAUAGUGAUCUAAAUUGAAAACUUGUACUGUUCACGUUUACAAUGUAUACAAAUCAACCAUCAGUUAUUGAUUUCAAUAAUAAAUUGAAGUAUAGUUAGUUGAAGAAUAGCAAUAAAACUAAACUACUGUACUAUGUA